AUGUCUGCCGCAUCUGGUGCUCAAAAGGCAACGUCCAAGUUCUUCGACAGGGUAUUCAGCAAGGAGUCGCUCCGUUAUCUUUGCUCCACACAUUUCUGGGGUCCUGUAUCCAAUUUCGGUAUUCCACUGGCAGCUAUUGUGGACUUGCAAAACAAGCCACCAGACAUGAUCAGUGGCCCAAUGACUGGUUCAUUAAUUGUGUACUCCUUGGUUUUCAUGAGAUAUUCUCUUGCUAUCAAGCCGCAAAAUUAUUUAUUGUUUGGUUGCCAUUUUGUUAAUGAGAUUGCCCAGUUGGGCCAAGGUUAUCGUUACGUGAGGUACACCUACGGCGAUGAGGGCAAGAGAGCACAGGAGGUCUCACCAGACCAGAAGAAGGUUGGCAACUAG